CGUCCUCACGCUUCUGUACCUCCGCCCCCAACGUCGCCCAACAAAACCACCGUACGACAUCUACCCUCGCCAUCGUCCCCAAUCAUCUCAUCCCGCAUAAACUCUCUCCAACCACCAUGCUCACCACCACCGUCAUCUCGGUCCUCCUCAGUCUCUCCACAGCCAGCGCCGCCUUCCCCGCCCUCGCCCCUCGGGCCUGCACAAACCAUCUCGCCAACCCGUCAUUCGAGUCCGGCAACGUCAGCCCCUGGCUCCCGAUCGUGGAAUCGGCAUGGACGACACGCGGCGUUUUCUCUGACUCAUUCACUCACGGCGGCACGCACCACUACUACGCCCACGCCUCGUCGGCAGUCUCAUCCAGCUUCACGCUGUCGCAGUCAGGCAUCAGCGCGCCCGCCGGACACACUGUCGACUGCUACGCGUGGGUUGCGGGGAGGCGCAGUGAGGGCGUCACAAUGAUAGAGGUGUUUCUGGACGGUGUGAGCUGUGGGACUGCUCAGCUUGGGACUGGAGAGAGGCGGUGGGAGAGGGUGGGCUCGAGGGUCAGGGUUGGUGGUAAUGCGACGGGGAUGGGCAGCACGAUUGCGGUUGUCGCUACUAGUAAGGCAGCUGGCGAUGAUGGGUGGGAUCUUUGGGUCGAUGAUGUUGGAGUUGUGGGGUGCUGAGAGUGAGGCAGUGUGUGAUCGCGUUGAGACUUGUCUGAAGUACUGCAAUUUAGGUUUAGGUUUAGCGAGCUGUUUGAUAUAGGAAAAGAGCGUACUGGCGUGGUUUAAUGGUGUGAUAUACAGGGAAAUCCAUUUCUUAUAAUCGGUGACUAGCAACGUAUACGAACGGCUCUGUUGCUGGUACAAAAUUACACAUAUUGACA